ACAAAUUGAGAUGCAAGUUGUGCUUUUGUCCGCUAGGGGGAGUGCUGGCCCUUUUGUUGCGCACACAUCAGACACUACUAAAACUUCAAAUUGGCCUAAAAUGCAGACAUCUAAUGGAAGAAUUGGGCCCUCCAUGUAACUUUAGAGUGUUUUAAUGGGGUUUAUGUAUGUGAAGUUACUUUGCCUAUUCCCGGUGCAGCAGGGGGUCUCUGUGUGUGUCAGUGCGCCUCCUGGCUGAGGCUCCGCUCCUUUUGGUCCAAACUUUCUCGUGUGAUUCAGUGAGUCGCAACUGUUGUAAAGAUUUUCUCAUUCAGUUCACCGGGCAGCCUGCCCAGCAACCUCCCACCUCCAACAUGUCUCCAUCUGAUGCACAGGUUUCACUCACUGAUUCAGCUUCUUCUGGAUUGGAUUGUUUUCUGUCGGACGAGUAAAGUUUUCGGGAAGUAAUGGAAUUAAUUUCUCUCCGGAAUCGCUGUUUGAGGAUCAACUUGACGGAUGAGAAGCGGGACGCGUUCAGACACCGCGCUGCUCAUCUUUAUAGUGGGAUGAAACAUUGCCUACAACGGGGAAUACAAAUAACUGGAAGGCUCUUUAAGAAGGCAACUGGAGACUUGUGAGAUUGGCAGAAUCUAUUAAGAAGCAGUCUGUAAAAGCAUAUCCAGGCACAGCUACAUCCAAGAAUGAGGAUCAAAUACACACUAUCCGUCGUCUUUUUUGUGGCACUUGUUAUCAUCGAGAAAGAAAACAACAUUAUCUCAAGGGUGUCAGACAAGCUCACCUUAAAGCAGACCCCCCAGACCCCUCUACACCACAGUGGUAUCUCCCAAACACUGCCUAAGCACAAUGGUUCCUUCCCCUCAUUCGGCAAGAUGGACUUCAUGCUGAUGAAGCGGCGCUUAGAGAAAUACAGUGAGCACCAGGAGGUGACAACAAAGGGCAGAAAACACAUUCUACUGUUAGCCACCACCAGGACAGGCUCCUCCUUUGUGGGUGAGUUUUUCAACCAGCAGGGUGACAAUAUGUUUUACCUGUUCGAGCCAUUGUGGCAUGUGGAAAAGAUGUUGACUCUGGAUACAGGAGGCACUAAUGCUACAGCGGCAGCCAAGGCAUACCGCGAUGUGCUCAAGCAGCUCUUCCUGUGUGAUUUUACCCUCCUAGAAAGCUUCAUCGAACCUCUUCCGGUGAACCACAUCACCACAGCCCUCUUCCGCAGGGAGUCCAGCAGCUCUCUGUGCGAGGACUCUGUCUGCAGCCCCUUCAUCAAAGGGGUCUUUGAGCGAUAUCACUGCAGGACCAGACGUUGUGGCCCCCUGAACCUGACCAUGGCCUCUGAAUCAUGCCUCCAGAAGGAGCAUAGGGCCAUCAAGUCGGUAAGGGUGCGCCAACUUGAGACUCUCCGUCCUCUGGCUGAGGACCCACACCUUGACGUCAAAUUCAUCCAGCUGGUUCGGGAUCCUCGAGCAGUACUGGCCUCACGCAUGGUGGCCUUUGCAGCCAAAUACAAGAACUGGAAGGACUGGGCCAUGGGUGGGGACGUACCCAUCGACGAUGAUGAGGUGAGGAAGCUGAAAGGGAACUGCGACAACAUCAGGAUGUCUGCCCAAGUCGGCCUCAGACAGCCGCCGUGGCUCCGCAGGCGUUACAUGCUGGUGCGGUACGAGGACAUUGCUCGGUUCCCUAUGAGGAAGGCAACAGAGAUGUACAAGUUUACUGGAAUCCCGUUCACUCCUCAAGUGAAAUCCUGGAUUCUGAAGAACAUCCAGGCUUCUAAGGAGACCAGCGGUGUUUAUUCAACACAGAAAAACUCCUCUGAACAAGUAGAGAAAUGGAGGUUCAGUUUACCAUUCAAAAUAGCCCAAGUUGUACAGAGAGCCUGUGGGCCAACACUGAAGCUUUUUGGGUACAAAUCUGUGAGCAGCGAAGAGAUGCUAACUGACAAAUCUGUCAGUUUAAUUGAAGAUAAAGUGUUCAACUUUUUAUAAACUUCAAUAGACCUAAACUCCAAACACCUUAACCCUUAUGCAGGAAACCUUUCUAGAAACUCAGCAAUGAAUUGUAUUUAUUAGGAUCUUUUAUCCUGAUACAGAGCUAUAUAUUUUGUGCUAUUUAAAGUUUUUUUUACUAUUUAAAAUAGUUUGAUGAAGAAAAUUGAUUGUUGAGCAGAAAAUAUAGAUAUAUAAAGCUUUUAACUAUUGAAGCUAAAGUGUUUGGAAUUAUAAGAAACCUUGAAAUAUAGGAAUAGCACAGUAAUAACAGGAACAUACCUUUGUUUUUUUGCACUCACUUACUUUCUCUCUCCAAUGCAAACAGUGCCAUUGGCUUGUCCUGCGAGUCUGUCCCAAAUAUAAAUCCUGAGCAAAUAUAGGAAAGUCCUGGGGGAGAUGCUUGUGGGUUUGUGAACAAUCAUGAACUGUCUCAAACACUUCCAGGACUCUCCAUUAGCUAUUUUUGUGCAACAACUCAUGCGUUAGCAACAUAAGCUGCUUUUAUACCAAAAUACUUGCAAAAAAUACCAGUGUCUUGCCAGGCAAUUUUAUUUUUCAUGAGAUUUAGAUGUACUGCCUAUGCUAAUUUAUUUAUGUCUUCCCUUUGCUAAAAGGUCAUUAUGACCCCAGGUCUGAAUGUGCUCCACAGGUUCUUUCCCCCUCUGCAGGGAUAGUGUUUUUUUUUGCACACGUAUAUUGUCGUUUAUUGUACAUACAUGUUUGUAAUUUGACCAAAAGUUGUUUGAAGUUGUCUUCAGGACUGUAAGGACCAAUCAUGUAAAACAGAUGUUUACACUGCUACUGUAUGCUAACAUUCCAACUGCAGCUGGUUUGCAGGAUUGUGCGAGGUUUGUCGCCAGGUCUCUGUCUGUUGACACAAGUCUCUUGGCUGGUGAGAAUAAGAGGCCCUGAUACUCUAAAAUGCCAGACUGUUUGCUGAUGUUGAGUCUGUUCUUUCUGAAUUUUGUUUGUUGCAAUAAACCUUCUUUUACAUUAA